UCCUCUUACUUUCUUCACCAUCAAAGCAUCAAACUGCCUACGGAUUCUCCUCUUCAAAUUACAGCAAAACAAAACAUUUAAUUAGUCGUAAGAAAGAUGAAGAACGAAUCUACCGUCAUUGAUGUCCCUGCGGAAUCAAGCUCAGCCAUGAAAGGAUCAGCUCCUCUAAUCGGUGUGGCUAGAGACCACACUACUAGUGACUCAGGUGGAUACAAGAGAGGUCUCUCAAUCUUCGACUUCCUCCUCCGUUUAGCUGCCAUUAUUGCAGCAUCAGUAGCCGCUGGAACGAUGUUUACAAGCGACGAGACUCUUCCCUUCUUUACACAGUUCUUACAGUUCGAAGCUGGCUACGACGAUCUACCAACUUUCCAGUUCUUUGUGAUUGCCAUGUCCAUGAUCUCAGGAUACCUCCUCCUAUCUCUCCCUUUCUCCGUAGUCACCAUCGUUCGCCCUCUCGCCACAGCCCCAAGACUCCUCUUGCUCGUUCUAGACACUGCGGCAAUGGCGUUUAACAUGGCAGCUGCGUCAUCGGCUGCGGCGAUAGGGUAUCUAGCACACAAUGGAAACCAGAACACGAACUGGCUCCCCAUUUGCCAACAGUUUGGAGACUUCUGUCAGAAAACCAGUGGAGCUGUGGUCUCCUCCUUUGUCUCGGUCGUCUUCUUCAUCAUGCUCGUCGUCCUCUCCGGUGUCGCUCUCAAAAGGCACUAAUCACUUACAAAUAUGUGUUCAUUAUUGUUAAAACUAUUAAUUAUAGUCCUGUACUGCCUUGUGUAUGUUGUGUUGAUCUUUUUGUAAAAGGAAAAUGAAAAUGUGAUGCUUUUGUGAAAGAAAAACGAAAUGAUUUUCUCGAGUUUCAUCUUCUU